AUCAGUUUCAAGAUGGCGUUAAUGCUGAAAAGUUCCCCAGUAGUGGAAGUCUAGCAAAAAUUUUAAUUUGCAUUAAAAUUUCUUUAAUAGUCAUUAUUCAAAAUCAAAACAAUAAAUUUCCAUUGAAUAAAACUCAAUAAUUUGCUUACGGAUAAUUUCACCCACCCGUUUAAGGUGUUGGCGUUAAGGGAAUUAAAUUUCCAAUUCUCUCGCUUGCCCUGAAACGCAAAAGGGGAGAAAGAAAGAAAAAAGAAAAAGAUUUACUUUUUAGUGAAAAUUCCAUAAUUCUUUCCACACAUCUUCUUUUAUUCUUUUUGUUUGAAUCGCAAUCGUACCUUGAGAAAGAAAAGGUCUCGAAUCGAAAAGAACCAAAAAUAAUGAUGAACUACGGGAAUGUAAUGAUGGGCGAUCAGUUCCGUAAAAUGGAACCGUUUAGCCCGAAAUCAUCGCCGCGCGGUGGUCGGUCGCCAGUUGUUUCACGGCAGGAUUCGUCGGGAACUCUGAAGACGACCAUUUCGCUGGGGAAGAAUCCAUCGAUUGUUCAUAGUGGACCAUUUUAUUCGAUGAAAGAACCACCAGGAAAGGGUGAAUUGACUGGAGAUAAAGACCUAAUGACUGAGUAUGGACUUCAUCACACUCUGACCAAAUUCAAGGAUAAGAAAGUUAAAGAGUCUCUAUCGUCGUUUUUGCCAAAUCUUCCUGGAAUCUUUGAUGGGAUGAACAAUUUGGAAAACAGCACAUUGCGCAGCAUAAUGGAAAAACCACCCAUUGUGGGCAAGGAACUACUCCCAUUGACGAGCGUCCAACUGGCAGGUUUCCGUUUGCACACUGGUCCACUUCCUGAACAAUAUCGAGCAUUGAAUACAACACCCCAAAGGAAACAUAAGAAUAAACACAAAAAGCAUAAGCACAAGGAUGGUGCUGUUCCACCAGAGAAUUCUCUCAUGGAUUCAGCCGGAUUGGAAACUUAUGAAAAGAAACAUAAAAAACAAAAACGUCACGAAGACGACAAAGAACGCAAAAAACGAAAAAAGGAAAAGAAACGCAAGAAGCAACGUCACAGUCCAGAACCACCAAAUGGCAACAAUGGUGGUGUACUCAUAACAAAUCAAACCCCAUUGUUUUAACAUCCAAAACGCAAACACACAAGAUCACAAUGUGUCUCUUUCUUUUAGGAAAAAAACAAAAAAAAAAUAUUGAAUUAGAUUUUUUUAAUUUAACUUUUCUUUUUAUUUCUUUUGGGAAUUCUAUUCCUCAACCUUUUCUAUCUUCCUCAUAAAACAAAACAAAAACAAAAAACGACUAUGUUUAACGCUCCAUGUUUUCCAUAUUUCCAUAAAACAACAACAAAGAUGAAAUCAAAAGAGUUUAAGUUAAAUUAGAUUUAAUAACAACAAUUAAAAAAAAAAAAUCAUCAAAUAGAAAAAACAACACAAAACAAAAUAAAAAGAAUGCAAUAAAAGAGCAUAAUUUUUUAGAGUUUGUUAGGCUUGGUUUAGUAGAAUAAUAGUUAUGUAUUAAAACUUAUAUUAUUAUAAUUUUAAUUAGAAUCUAAGUUGUAUAAAAAAAAAGAAAAAUUAGUAAACAGAAUAUUCAUAAAAUAUUAAAAAUACAUACAUUACAUAUAUCUGUAUUGAGCAUGCAA